AUGAGUCGCAAAUGGCACGUCCUGCAACAAGCUGCGGCACCCUUUGGAUUCUACACCACUCGGCAGUGGGAUGUCUGGAUGACAAAUGGUGGCUCUUACAGUCACGUCAUGGAUUCGGAUCGCGAAAACACUGAUGAUGAUCCGCCGGAUCAACUGUACCCGGUGCCUCAAGCGUGGACACAAUGGAUGUUUUCGAACGAUCUGUGGACUGAUCAGAUACAACGAUAUGGGCUCCAGGCAGUCAAGCCACGCGUUCCAGUCAAUCCCCUAUCCCAAAACACUCAGCAACCACUAUCUGGACCUCAACAUCCCUCUCGUCUCUUCAAUCCCGAGCAAAAUGGCAUCAUCUCAGAGCACACAGCUUCCCGACAACCACCACAGGUAGACUGGCAAAAGCUCGCACAUGUCCAGAUCGUCACGAACCACCAUGACGUUUGCAGCACAAUCAUGUUCUUCGGCGACCUCGCUCGUCUAAAGUCUCCAGCCCGUCGCAUCCUCCUCUUCCCACAGGCCUGGGCAAUGGAGAAGCAAGCUGCCAAACACGACUUGAUAGACCCGUAUAUGGACAUCACCCGACGUCUACUCCGACGAGCUGCUCGACGCUAUAAUGUUGAGCUACGACCGCUUGCUUCUUCUGCUGGUCAAGAUGACGCCUCCCUCACCGGUCUCUGGGCAUUGACGGAUCUGGAAAGAGUCAUGCUAUUGCAAACGCCGGGCCUGAUCCAGGAUGCAGAAGCUCUAGAUGCUGCGCUGGCCUAUACAUCCCCUGCACCCCUGACUCUUUUGCAGCAGGACACAGGCUCAGGCCUCGCCUCCGAAGACCUGGUCCUCGCAACCCCGUCCAAAGAGACACACAGAGUUCUCAUGAUAAACCACAUCCAGAACAUCACCUCCAUCACUUUUGCUUUGCGCCCUGCCUAUCUUUCAUCUUCCAUCAUCGCCGGUAUCGGGGAAUUACAUGAUGCCGUCCAACCCAACCAGACGGCCUUCCUCGAAACACCGUACAUCAGAUUUAACGACCCCAAGCUCCCUGGUCCCGAAUGGGAAGUUGACUAUGCGAGGGUUGUCCAAGCACGUCCUAGAGAUAAGGAUGCGGAUUGGCUGUGGACCAAGAUGUAUGGUGAUUUUGCGGAUAGGAGGUAUGAUAUCUGUGGUUUGGGCUUGGAAGUCUGGAGGGACUGA